GGGAUGUCUUGUCAGGCUGCUGAUUUGGAUGCAUUCAAAUUAUUUUCAGGCAACUCACCUGAGGACUGUGAUCACGAUCUCAUCCCUGACGAAAUGCCAAGUUUAGAAAAAUGUGUGUCAUGUGAAGGACCUUUUGCACCUCUGAAAUGGAGUGGUGUGAGAUGCAAAGUUUGCAACCAGUCCUGGCACAAAAAGUGUUAUGUUAAACAAAUUAACAUCACUGAACUUCAGUUGGUCUGUACUGAACAAAGUUCAAAUGAAGUGACAUCAUCAGAAGAGGAGUAUGUUCCUGAUUCUGUAGAUGAUUCAGACCUCUCUUGGGAUGACAGAUCAGAGCUUUUAAAAAUCAGUCACAAACAACUACAGAAUUGUGAGGUCUCCACCAGCAAAUAUAUUUCCAAAAAGGAAAGUGACGACCAAGAAAGUUUUGUAGAGGAAGAAAGAGAGUCCAUUUAUGAAGCUGCAGAAUCAUUAUCUAAAGAUGUGAUCAGCUCAAGUCAGCUUGAAGUAUCAAGAGUUACUUCAAACACUGAUGCUGAAGACAUAAUUGGUAAUGAUGGUGCUGAUGGUAGGGCUGAAAACGUCUCAAACACAUCAUCCUUGCUCAGAAAUAAAACUUACUGCUACAUUUGUGGAAAGCUACAGACAAAGUUUACACGUCACUUAAAAACUCACGAGAAAACACAUGCAGACGUUGCUCAAGUUUUGAGUCUUCCCAAGAAGUCCAAACAACGUAUAAAAAUGCUUAUGAAGCUUCGCAACAAGGGAAACCAUAGUCAUAACUCGGAGGUCUUGAAGAGUGGAUUUGGAUCACUGAAACCAAGACGCACAUCAAAGAAAAAGUACAAUGAAAAAGACUACAUUCACUGCAUAUACUGCCAGGGAUUAUAUCUCCGACGAGAUCUGUGGCGACAUGUUCGCAAAUGUUCUUCAAAACCAAUAGAAGCUGCUUCAGCGAUUGGAAGAAAAAAAGUUUUGUCUUUGGCCUCUAUGAAUGAGUCCGCUCAGUGUCAGCAGAUAUCACCAGGGGUUUGGAACAUGUUGGCUGUUAUGAAAGAUGAUGAGAUCACUUCUACUGUGCGAAGUGACUUCUGUAUACUACAGCUGGCCCAAUCAUUCUUUAACAAAUAUGGACAGGAUCCCACCAAAUAUGACUACAUUCGCCAGAGACUCCGAGAAUCUGGAAGACUUCUGCUUACACUUCGCAAGGAAUUCUCAAUACAUACUCUUGAGGAUGCUGUGAGACCUGCAAAUUUUGAUGUGGUCAUCAAAGCAGUCAAGAAAGUAUCUGGAUAUGAUGAAGAAAAGCACCACUACCGUACUCCAAGCCUUGCUCUAAAGUUAGGUCACUCACUGCAGAAAGUCAGUGAUAUUUUACAUUGCAGAGCACUCAUGGCACAAGACAGCAUGCUGAUAAAGUCAACGCAGAGUUUCAAAACACUCUAUUCUACAAAGUGGUCUGAACUCAUCUCUCAUACCGCUUUAACUACAUUGAACGAGCGGCACUUCAACAAGCCUUCCACUCUUCCUUUUACAGAAGAUGUUCAGCGUCUUCACAGACAUCUGGAAAAGACUACAGAACAAGCAUUGAAGGACUUGGAAGACCAUAGUUCACCAAAGGUAUACAGUGAACUGUGUAAAGCCACCAUGGCAAAUGUAAUACUUUUUAACAGGAGAAGAGGGGGAGAAAUUUCAAAGAUGACAAUGAAUGGCUUUCUGGAGAGAGACACAAGUCCCCUGCAUAAGGAUGUCGCAUUUGGACUGACAGAAUUUGAACUUAACCUUUGUCAACACUUCAGUCGUGUUGAAAUAAGGGGUAAAAAAGGCCGCAAGGUUGCAGUGCUACUUUCACCAGAUAUGGUGAAUGCCAUAACACGUCUUAUAGAAAAGAGAGAAGACUGUGGAGUUCUGGCAGAUAACCUGUUCCUGUUUGCCAGACCUCAUUGUCUGACUCCCUACAGAGGACAGGACUGUUUGAGGGUUUAUGCCAAUGAAUGUGGGGCUGAAAACCCUGAGCUUCUCAGAUCAACACAAUUGCGCAAACAUGUUGCAACUUUGUCUCAGAUCUUAAACCUCAAGAAUCAUGAGUUGGACCAAGUUGCUAAUUUUCUAGGCCAUGAUAUUCGCGUUCAUCGUGAAUAUUACAGACUUCCUGAGGCUACUACCCAACUGGCCAAGAUAUCAAAACUGCUGCUUGCCAUGGAGAAAGGAUCUCUUAGAAGCCUUCAAGGCAAGACGCUUGAUGAGAUUGAAAUCGAAGACAACCUAGAGUUGACUGAUUCAGAUGCUGAGAGUGAGGCCGAUGAUGGAGAGGUUGAUCCUGACCAUGAGGUUGAUGAAGGAAAUUUCACAGAUUCACAGACUGGACUGUUAACUAAGCAACCUGUGGAGGAACCUCCAGGCACGUCUGCAUCAUUAUCACAAGCACAAAGUAAACACAGAGAUGCUAAGGGGAAAGAACUCAACAGAAAACUAAAACAGAAGAACAUGGAACCCCGCAGAAAAAAGAACACAAAUAAAAAUUCUGCAUCUCUGGAAAGUGCUAGAAGAGCAAAAAAGCAUCCAUGGUCUCCCGUAGAGGUUGCUGCGGUAAUGAGGCACUUUGGCGAACACAUCAAGAAAGGACAACUGGCCACUAUGAUAGAAUGCCAGCAAUGCAAAAAGGCUGAGGAUCCUGCUCUAGCUAGUCGUUCUAUCCAAAACAUAAGAGAUUUUGUGAGAAAUCGGGGCGUAACUUUGAAAAGAAAAGAAAAUACUGUAUAGUCUAUGUGACUGUAAUGAAUUUUCCAUCAGUGAUAUCAGCAGCACACAUGGGAUAUUUAGAGCCAGACCAGAGGUAAUCUCUGUGUUCUGAUAUCACUAAUGGACAGUUUAAAUAUUUCAUCUUGUGGAGGCAGAAGGAGGGUUGACACAGUUUGAGUUAUAAUGGCAAGUUGCUUGUUAAACAGAAUAUGUAAACAUACUGACAUUUUUGCACCAUCUAUUGUUUGGUAUAGAUCUGUUAUUGUACUUUAAAAAUAUUCAGCUGUAUUUCUACUGAUAUGAGUAAGUUCAUCGUGUUCACACAAUUUGUUUAAUCUCUGAUUUAACAAUAGGCAUGCAAUUCAUUUAAUUUUGCCAUUAAGAUUUAUCUUUAUGUUCACAAAUAGAAUUGUUGCUCUAGUUCUUAGUGAAGGUGGUGUAAAAUGCUGUCCACUUUAUGUGUAGUUAUACUCCAUAAUGCCAUGUUUGGACUUCUUAAUACACAUAAAUUUCAUGUUUGUGUAUGUGUAUGCCAUGGUCCUGAUAAUAAA